CGUCGUGUCCAAUGGUGCAGUCAAAAUGUCCGCUGGUAGUCGACCGGCUAGAGAUCGUAUUAGGAAGAACUACAGUUAUCUUGAGGACGAGCUGAGGUCUGAAGAAUACGCAGGCGUGUUGUUUGAAAAAGAUUGUAUAUCUCAGCGUGAUAAAGACGAUCUGGAAGAUGGAAGAAAAUCACGACGCGAAAAAGCACACUUGUUAACCGAUAUUCUAUUACGGAAAUCUGAGCAAGUGAUCGAAACGUUCUUUGAGAUCCUCAGGAGCGAGAGAAGGAAACAGCCUCACAUCUACUAUCGUCUCUUUCCUGAACAUGCUCAUGAACAUGAACAACUCUCCAGACACUCACACACACAACAACAACAACAGUCCGAUAAUUCAAGCACUUAUAAGGAGACGACGGAGCAGAUGAACGUUUUUGAUCAGUCUGGCAGCUGUAAACGUGAUGUUUCUGACGUGAUUACUGCAGGUACUUUGCAAGGGGGAAGAAGUGAGAUUAAUGUGCAGGCAUCGUCUAGUGGAGCAGCUGGCUUGUUGGCGCUCAGGGUACCCAGUACGGCUUCGCUUGAAGUGUUGACGACUGCGAUGGAGAUCGCUCGUGAUGUUGCUGUGGAAGGAAUUGCUAGAGGACACUCGUCUACUGUUGCUGGGUCAGAAGGUGGAGCUGCUGGUGGGUUUGCAGCCGUGGAAGUCUAUGUACCAAAAUCUGAAGCAGACAGUGAUCUCAAAGAAUGUCCACCAGGUGUUGUUGCAGACAAAGAAAAUGCAGCAUCAGUCAGUUUAUUGCAAGAUGAUAGACAUGAAAAGAUUGGUUUGCCAGACUACUCCGAUUCUCAACGAAGCGCAAUGGUUCUUGAAGGAAGAAAGACCAUAUCUCAGGAGUCUAACAACAAACUUGAGCAACAAGCUACUGCUAAGCCUUGUUUUUAUGAUGACAUUUGUCGGUCUGGCAAGUCUCUAAUUGUUGUUGGUGGUAAAGGCAGGCCUGCAACUAUUGAGAAGCUAAGUCUUGCUACCAACAACAUUGAUAAAUCAUAUUGCGAGAUCUUACCUAAGCAGAACGAACUACACAGCUGUGGAGCAGUAGUCAUAGGCAGUGAGGUAUUUGUUGUUGGCGGCUGUUCGGAAUCAUAUCCAUUCGGGUCACCUUUUGUGCUUACAUACAAUCCGGACAAUUCAAAGGUUGAUAUCAAAUCAACUUUGAUUGAGGGUCGUAGCUCCUGCGGUGUAGAAGUUGUGUGUCAAAUAUUGUUUGCUGUUGGUGGCCAACAGGGUCAGAAAUAUUUGAAAAGUGUAGAGAUAUGUCGUCCAGAAACGGGGUAUGAAUGUUGGGAAGCGGGGCCAGAUUUGAAGACUGCAAAGGCUGGAUCAGCAGUCGUUAGUGUCAAUAACGACAAGGAGCACUUAUACUGCAUUGGAGGCUACGAUGGAGAGAGCACUCUUGCUAGAAUGUAUGUCCUCAAGUACGGGGAGUGGAAGAAAGUAACUGACAUGAAGGAUCCAAGAAGAGACUUUGCUGCUGUUGUCGUUGGAAACUGCAUCUAUGCGAUCGGUGGAUGUAAUGAUGCAGGGGCUAUAGAUUGUGUAGAGAGAUACGAUGUCAGGCAAAAAGAUUGGAAGAAGCUGUCUAGCUUGCCUACUCGACGCUAUGGCCACUCAGCAGUUGUUAUCAAUGAAAAGAUAUGUGUAGUGGGAGGCUACAACUCUUCGAAUUUGUGUGCUGUUUAUGAUACACGAACGAGUCGUUGGGAUGAACCUCUUUGCUGUAGAAUCACAGGCAAGACUGAGCUUUUGGCUUACAGUUUGGGUGUGCAGUCUGCAUUUGCUGGUGUGGCAGUGUUUUAAUGUAGUUGAUGCCAAAUAGUAAGAAAAAUUUGUUAAUUAAUUUAAUAACUUUUUGACGUCAGUAUCUCAACGUUUUAUUUUUAUAAAUUUACUUCAAUAAAAUUGAAGUUUU